AUGCUUAGUCGCACGCUUGGGCGCGUCUCGAGACCGACCAACGCGUACGUCUGCCUGUCCUGCCGCGUCCAUCAGUACAACCAGACCCGAUCAAUACGCAAUAAGAAGCCCGCCCCAAAAGCCACCCCAAAGGCGCCCGCGCCGAAGGGCAAUGAGAGAAAAAGUGUCAGCGAUGGCACCAAACCUAGCCCUCCGCCGGCAAAGCCGAAAGAAUCAAAGACCAAGGGGCAGAAUACUAGCAGCCAUGGAACACAGUCCGGCCAGCCGAGCACGACGGCGGCGGGAGGCGGGUCCGAGAAGCCUGGAUCAGGAUCCAAGGAAGUGACGAAGAAGAAGAAGAAGAAGCCAGGUGCGCCGAAGAAGACAGCCAAGAAGGGCGUUCGAAGGGUCGUGAAGGGACCAAUCGUUCGAAAAGUCGAGGCGACCAAGACAGUGGAAGUGGCUCCUGUAGACGACCCUGUGCUUAAGGCCAUGGAGGGUUAUCUGUCUGCAAAGGCGGAUCUCAGCGAGUGGGAGAAGGAGCGGCUGGAGACGAUAAGAGAGCUCCUAAAGUCGCCACCAAAAGCAUCCGAGAGCAACAACGCAGCAUCCAAGUCGCACGAGGAGGACGCCUCAAAACGAAGAGCGGGAGUGGCGAAGCGGAGUUGUGAUGUGGGACAAGAGUUCUCCGCAAUGGACGGCCAUCGCACACUCAAGGAUGCCCUGAAGGGAUCCGCAAAGAAAAAGACGUCCCGAAAGAGGAGCGACGAAGAUGUCGAGCGAAUCUCCGUCGCGGAUCUGGAGAUUACCGCCUUGGACAUCGAGCAACCGCCUGUUCCCGGUCUUGCACAUGAUCUUUCCCGGGUGCUGUUCAACCCUGGCGUAUACCAUCUACAAGAUUCACGAUCUCGAGUGUACAACUUCGAUCCGUACUUGGAAAAGAUUAUGCCAGUUGCAGAAUUCGAUUUUAACGCAUUGAAGGAAUAUAUCACGUCUUCGCAGGAUGAAGUACUAUCACAGAUAGCCAAGGAGCAGGGCAAGAAAUAUGUCGGCUCAACUUCCAGCAUGACCGGAGUAUUGACACGCUUCCACUAUUUACUAUCGCAUUGGCGCGAGAUAAAUAUAAACAUGCUCUCGAAGCGGUUCCCCGAACAGUCCAGACAGUACACCCUGCUCAACCGUUCUCCGACAGCCAUCUUCCUGCGAUGGAAGAACGGCACGUACGCAAUUGACGCAGACAAGGAGUUCGACACCGCCAAUGUCCUAAGCAUGCUCGGGAAGUCCAUGGAGAAACUCCUAACACUGCCGACAGCGGAGUUCGAGCGCUACCGACGCACGAACUCAUAUCAGAUAUCCGAACAGGAGCGGGAGCAGCCAGAAGCAUUCCACUACUCUACCCUCGGCGACUUCCUGAUGCGAUCGCAGCUCGACGCGCAUGAUCCGCGCCUACCUGGCACGGGAAUGUUCGAUCUGAAGACCCGUGCAGUGGUCUCCAUCCGCAUGGACGCCUCCGAGUACCAGCAGUAUACCGGCUACCAGAUCAAGCACAGCCAAGGGAAGUGGGAGUCUUACGAGCGCGAGUACUAUGACAUGAUUAGAUCGACCAUGCUGAAGUACUCGCUACAAGCGCGCAUGGGCAGGAUGGACGGCAUCUUCGUCGCCUACCACAACGUCGAGCGCAUCUUCGGCUUUCAGUACAUUAGCUUGGCGGAAAUGGACGAUGCGCUGCAUGGACAGCGGGAUACGGCGUUGGGCGAUCAGGAGUUCAUGCUGAGUAUUGAUCUGCUGAACAAGGUGCUCAACCGUGCCACAGAGAAAUUCCCUGAAACGUCCAUCCGCCUCCAUUUCGAAACCCGUGACGCCGUUGUACCAUUCAUGUAUAUCUUCGCAGAGCCGGUCACCGAAGCGGAAGCACAGAGGAUCCAAAACACGAAUAAGGCUGAGAGCGAAGCGUAUGAGCGUGCAAUGCUUGGCUUGGAUCGUGGCACCAAAGCUACUGCCGACCAGAAGUCCAAGAAGGAUUGGCAGGACAUCAAAGCUCAGGUGGAGAGUGAAAUGGAUGCUGAUGGAGCGGCUGCCAGCGUAGAUCCUAAAACCACCGCUGCUGAUGCCGAUGACGAUGAGGCAGACGCUGAAGACAGGGAUGGCAAAGAUGAUGACGACGAGGAUGAGGAAAACGACGAGGACGAGGAGGAUGAGGAGAAUGAAGAGGACGAAGAGGACGAAGAGGGUGAAGAGGAGGACGAUGAUGACCACGAGGAAGAAGAGUCCGACGAAGAAGCAGAAGACUCGAACUUAUUAGAUGACGAGACCACCGAACCCCAAGAAGACGAGAGCGCCACCAGCGCCUCAAACCCCGCCGAAGCCGAGCCCAACAAGCCAGCCGACUCUUCAGACUCAUCCCCAAACCCAUCACCCGAUCCCGACACCACCGGCUUCACCCCCUGGCCCCCCUACAUCCCCACCCCCGGCGAAGACCUCAACCCGCACCUCAUGCCCCUGCUCGCCAUGUCCCUAACCGUGCGCAACAAAGUCAACAACGAGUACGUGAAGCGGCCGUCCGACCUCACCGCGUCCGACGAGUGGGACAUUGAGUAUUCUCUCUCCGAGAUCGAGGAUGCCUCGCGCGCGUGGACCGUAUACGAGGCAUGCAAGCAGCGCCGCGCGAAGCAGUUUAUCCGCGAGGAGGCGGAGGGGAAGCCUAGCAUGGACUUUUAUAGGGAUCAGCUGAGGGAGCUAAGUCGCAGGGGGAGGAGGUGGAGGAGCGAGCAAGAUGCCCUUGAUGAUGAGAGGGGGCUUGUGGUUUACAGACCUGAGGUUGGGGUGGCAGAGAAAUACAAGGGUGCGGCGGGGGGGAAUGGCAAGGACAUGUUAUCUGCGGGAGAGAAGGUGGAUGGGGUUGAGGACUACCUUGGCUGGCUGUUCUCGCGAAGGAAGAGUGACAGAUAA